AUGGUGAAAGAGGAACGUGUUUCCAGCAUCCCAUUGCCUAGCAUCAAAAGCAAGACGCUGGUUAAAAUUAUUGAAUACCUCAAGAAGCAUGCAGAGCUCACUCCCUCGAACAAAGAAGACUUCAAGAAUUUCGAGAAAGAGUUUGCGAACGUUGUCUUAGGGGAACUGCUUGACAUAACAGUGGCAGUAAAUUAUUUGAAAAUCAAUGGUUUGCUGGAAUUCUGUUGCCAGGCUGUGGCUGACAGAAUAAAGGACAAGAGCGUUAAGGCCGUUCGGAAGAUAUUUAGAAUUGAAAGUGAUUUCACCCCCGAGAAGAGGCAGAGUUUCGGAGGGAAACUCCUGGGGCCUUUGAAGGUGAUCUUGAUGAUACCAUCAACUAGGGUUUUAUGGUAG